CGCUCUUCGACCGGCGGGUGUUGACCUUACUUUCCCUCGCCCCCUUCCCCUCCUUUCCCGCGUGCACGCGCGCGCGCCCCCUCUCUCUCCCUCCGCCCCCCUCUCUCUUUGUCUCGCUACCAAUCGACACAGUUCUGGCCCGACCCCGCCCCCUCCGAAGCUCCGAUGUCCGGGUUUGCCCCUCCCGCGGCGGUGGGUCUCCGCCGGCCGGGCACCGCCGCACCGCCGGUCGUCUCCCCGGCUCUUGGAGGGACUGCCGACCAGCAAUACAAGCUCCGGCAACUGCAGCUGGCCAUCGACCGCCGGGACUUGGCAACCCUCCGGCGGCUGGCCCUUGCCCCGGGUGGCCUGAUGACCAACCACAUCCGCCAGCAGGUGUGGCCGCUGUUCCUCGGGCUCGAGGCGCGCAGCCUGCCCCUCGAGGCAGAUGGUGACCCUGCCUACUGGAACUACCUUGACUAUGCGGACACCCCGCACAAGGACGACGGCCAGGUGCAGCUGGAUGUCCACCGGUCUAGUUCGCACUUCUUGCCGGUUGUGGCCCCGCAGCAGGUGGCUCAAAUCGCCCGGCUACGUGUUGAACGCCUGGCCCGGCGCGACCAGCGGGCCCAGCUGCGCCAGGCUCGCGCCCUCCGCCGGGGUCUGCCCCUCCCGCCGGCCUCGCCCUCGUCCUCGGGCUUGGGCUCUUGCGAUUCGCUCGAUGAGAGCAGUCCCGAUGUGCCUCAGACCGUCCCUCUGGCGGUGGAUUUCCUCCACUACACAAACCUGGACUCGGGCUACAGCUCCAGUUCCUUUGACGAGUCGGAGUCCGAUGACUAUGACGACGACGAGUUGGCCUCGGCGGCGGAGGAGGAAAACGACACCGACCAGGAGGACGACGACCUCAACCGCAGCAGCAGCAGCAGCAGCAGCGACAGCAGCAGCUCCUCCCUGGCAUCCUUCCACUCGAUGCGGUCAAUGGUUCCGGCCAUCCACGCCUUCCCUGCCGAGGAUGACCUUGCGUCCGGGGGCCCCGGCGACACCUUCCGCCCGGGGGCCCCUCUCUCGCGCGGGGAGGGGCUCAGCUCCAGCGACUCGGAAUUUGCCGACACCGAGUCCGGCUAUCCGCCGGGCGAGGAGUUCGGCACAUCCGGCUUCCUUGGCAUCCGGCCCGGGUCACGCGCCAUGCCGGGCCCGGGGUCCAUCACCUCCACCACCGGCACCGGCACCGGCACCGGCACCGGGACCGCCGUCAUCAGUGAUGUGGAUUCCGGAUGCUCGUCCUCCUGUCCCAGUCCCUCGGGGGUGGGCUUCGCCGAGCCACGGGCGGUGUCUCGCUCGGCGCCCCCAUCACCCGCUCGGGCCCCGGUUCCAGGCCAGCUGCAGCCCAUUCGGCCAGCGCCUCGUGGCGGAGCCAGCGCCUCGGCCUUCCACCUGGGGGGCGCCCCGGUCCCCGGGGCCAGCCACUCCUUCAUGUCAGUGUACCAGCCGCGACGCAUUGUCCUCGCCACCGGCCAGCGCCCCGGGUCGGCUCUGGCCGAUCGGCCACCACUGCCACUGGCCAUGGGCGCCGCCGGGGGCAAUGGGUCCGCCUUUUUCGGCGGCAGCGCACACGACUUGCAUUUCUCCACCGGCGGCGCUUCCACUCCUUUGAGUGGCUACCUAUCGUGCAUGUCCGAUGCCGAGCUCGACGCCGAGGAGGGGGACCUGGCCAUCGGGUGCGCUCUUCAUCAUGGGGGUUGCCUGAAUGUCGACCACCUUCACCCCGGCCCGGCGGUUGCCACGGUGACGACUUCCACCCCCGCCGCCGGUGGCCCUGCCCGUGACACUCCCUCUCCGUUGCUGGCCUCGCCACCGGCUUUGUUGGCCUCGCCGCCUCCCUCGCCGCCGGCCCCGAUGCGCUCCUCGGUCUCGUCGUCGGUCCUCGGUGCCGGGUCGUCCCUUUGCCGGUCGCCCUCGGACCCGGGGGCCAUCAGCUCACGCAGCCGGCGACCGACUGCCCCUUCCCCGGCCCCGGCCCCGGCCCCGGCCCCGGCCCCGGCCCCGGCCCCGGCCCCGGCCCCGACCCCCGUCCAUCCUUUGGACUAUUCCAGCCUGGACCUUUCCCGGGAUCCGGUGUACAACGAUCUGAAGGGCCAAUUGCAUGGGGUCAUCCACGCGGUGCUGGUCCGGCACCCGGAGCUUCACUACUACCAGGGGUUGCACGACGUGGCGGCGGUCCUCCUGCUGGUAGUGGGCCCGGCCAUGGGUGCCCUGCUGCUGGAGCGCAUGGCCUGUGCCAAUGGCCUGCUCCGGUGCAACCUCUCGGUGGAUCUGCAGCCGGUGUUGCACCAACUGGCUCGGAUUUUCCACCUCCUGGAACAGAUUGACCCCGAGCUCCUGGGCCACAUCAAUACGGCCGGCACGCGGCCCUACUUCGCCCUGGGCUGGGUGCUGACCUGGUUCUCGCACGACAUCGACGUGCCGGAUGUGCGCAAUCGCAUCUUUGACGCCAUCCUGGCCGCCAGCAAUCCCGACCAGUGGGCCGGCUGGUGUGGCCGGGCCGGCUGCGGGGCAAACCCCGAGGCAUUGGCAGAUGCCGAACCGGCGGGUCCGGCCGAUGACCAGGCCCGGGCAAGUGCCGGGGCAGGGGCCGGGGCCGGGACCGGGACCGGGAUCGAUGUUGGUACCAGUGCUGGCACUGAUGCCGGCUCCGAGGGCGAUGGUGAAUGCCCGGUGCACAUGGUCGGCGCCUACAAUCAGACGGUCAUCUACCACUGCAUUGCCAUCUUGCGUGGGGCCCGGUCCUUCAUCUUGGGAAUGCCUGCCGAGUUCGAGGUCCUCCACUCGCACAUGGGGCGCCUGGCCUCACAGCGUGCCACCACCAUCCCCGCCUUCGAUCGCAUCAUCUCGGAGGCCAUUCACAUUCAAGCCCAGUUCCCGCUGGACGAGUUCCCCCUCUCCCUGGACGAGGCGCUGGCACUGAUUCACCGGCCACCGCCGGCCCCGGCGGGCUUCGGUGGCGGGCCGACGCCGGUCGACUCCGAGGACCCGGACGGCCAGGCGACAGGCCCCUCACCGGCGGUGGUCCUGUCGUCGAUCCUCCGCCGGGGUACCCUCACCAGCCAGCUGGCCCUGCAGCAUGAGCCCUUUUACCGGCUGAUGAAUCGCGAUGGCCGCUGGCUGCGGACCAUGCUCGGCAUGAAGCUUCGUCCCGAUGACACUCUCCUCUCACUGAUUGGGACUUCCUUCGGCACGAUGACCAUCGCCGGGAUCAUCUUGACCGCCUUUACCAUUGCCACAUCGCCCGGUGGCGGGACACCCUUCCAGUAGCGAGGGGGCCACCAUUGUGAGAAUAGAUUUCCCCUGGUCC